AUGGUCACUGAGCGCGGUGUAACGGACAAUCACAGCCCUGUGAUUGGCAGCGUCGUAUCAUCGACACCCAAACCCCAACCUCAAGGGUAUGACGAUAAAGGUAUUGACGAUACUGAUAUAUUUAGAAGAAAAGUGCAUAAAAGACGGGUCAAGUUCCUCAAUUCACAUACGGUACAUCAUACAUUCUGCGCUGAUGAGUAUGACCGCUCUAAGCCGCCACAACGGGAGGAAGACAUAGAGCCCAUUAUGACUGUAUAUCGUGAGUUGAUGAAGUACAAGAUCACCGAGAUGGUAGUUCACCAAGACGCACUACAAUACACCAAUCACCAUUUGUCUCGUAGGGAUGAGGCAGCCCACAACAUUAUGAUGGGUACUAUUCGGGCCAUCAUCAGUGAAUUCACAGAGUAG